GGGGGGGGUUGCGACCAUUCUUUCCCACAGGUGAUGGUCGAGGUCUUCGAAGAAAUUCAAAAUCAUGGAAUAAAGCUGGAGUAGGCCGGUCAUACUCAAAUACAAGUUCAGACUACAACACUGGUGAUGCAAAAACUGCAAUGGAUAUGCAUUUAUUCAUGGAGUGGGUGAAGAAAUUCCCGGCAUUCAAAUCAAGGGAACUAUAUCUCACAGGAGAAAGUUAUGGAGAUUGGGAAUCCACUUCUGAGACUUGAUCGUGAUCUUCCUGCAACCUAUGAAUGUUUUUGGUCUCAUGGGAUGAUUUCUGAUGAAGUAGGCCUAGCAAUUAUGAAUCAGUGUGACUUUGAUGAGUGUACCUUUGGCAGUCCACACAACGUUUCUCAAGCAUGCAAUAAUGCCAUAUCUGAAGGAAACACCAUUGUUAGUGAAUAUAUAAAUAAUUAUGAUGUGAUUCUUGAUGUGUGCUAUCUGUCCAUCAUGGAACAAGAGCUGCGAUUAAGGAAAAUGGCUACUAAAAUGAGUGUAGGUGUUGAUGUGUGCAUGAGCUAUGAAAGGCGCUUCUAUUUUAACCUUCCGGAGGUUCAGAAAGCCCUUCAUGCAAAUAGGACAAACUGGCCUGAUAGCUGGUCGAUGUGCAGCCGUGUUCUGAGUUACAGUGACACAGAUGGAAACAUCAAUAUUCUUCCAUUGCUUAAAAGAAUAGUUGAAAACAUUAUUCCUGUUUGGAUUUUCGGUGGAACCAAGAUUCUGUUGUGCCAUUGCUUGGCUUCAGACCCUUGUACGCAAGCUAGCUCUUGACACAGGGUUCAAGAUCACAGUCCCAUAUGGAGCUUGGUUUCACAAAGGGCAGGUGGGGAGGUUGGCAAACAGAGUAUGGCAACUUGUUGACCUUUGCCACUGAAAGAGGUGCUGCAUAUAUGGUACCAUAUGCACAACCUGCAAGGGCUUGGCAUCUGUUUAGUUCGUUUAUACGUGGCCGGAGGCUCCCAAACAACACACGUCCCUCCAUCGAUGACUGAGAAAAAUCCUCUAAUGAGCACUUUAAAGUAGGUUAUAGUUCUAUAGUUACUUUCAGUGUGGGUGAAUAUUAGGGACUUCCUGUAGGAAAUACAAACAGGAAAGAAGCAAAAUCAUUGCUUGCAUUGGUAAUUGGCUUUGAAGUAGCUGAAGGUUUUCGAGAGUUGUAACUUUUCUCAUGUCAAUUUGAUAAAAAAAAUGUUUUGAAAUGCUGGUCACAUUUUACACAGUUGGACUCUCGAAAAGUGAAACAUGAAACUAAU